UGAUAAACAGUUGUAAACCGUUGUCACACACACACGGGGGAUGACGCGCGCCGCAGCGGCCCUGGAAAUUCAGACGGCGGCAGCAGCAGCUCCCGAGGCUGCGGUGGCAGGUGCAGUGGAGGCGGAACCCGACCUUGACGAGAUCCCGCCCACACAGCUGACGCCGCCGCAGCCAGGCGUCAACCCCGUCGAGCUUGCGUGCGCUCGCGCAAUCGCGGACUUCUGGUCGCGGCUGAUGCAGUUCGCGCAGCUCGGCGUACCCCAAAAGGGCUGGAAUGGUGUUGACGCCACUCACCCCAUCCUGGCGGUGGUGAACGGUGAAAUGCUGUGCGCAUUGCCGCAAGCUAUGGAGCUGGAGGCUUGAAAGGGAUCAGCCCUUAGGAGAAGCGCGCGAGCACUAACAUGAGCCACUGAAGCAGUGGCAUACGAGAGGGUCAGCGGGGGAGCUUAGUGGGCAGGCGUUGGUUUUUUGUUUUACGCCCGUGGGAGCAGGGCCAGGUUUGCGGUUUUUUAUGCCUGAGAGUGCUGCAACACCCCGGGCCUUACGGCCUGGACCGGCCUAGUGGCCAGACGCGUUUGUGGCUGCCCUUAGGCAUAGUCUGCCCUGGCGUCGAGAGCUGGUUAGGUUGUGGUUGAGGUCGUGCAGGCUGCGGGGUCGUAGGACUCAGCCCCACAGCCACUGUGGUCGUGCUUUCGUGUGCUGUCGCGUGCUGCGUGUUUUGUUAUGUUUGCUGUUCUUUGUUUUCUGCCCGCCUGGUCUUAAGAG